UUGUAUUCGGUUGAGUUUGGAUAAGACUUUCACGGCACAUUUUAUAAAAGUCAAAAGAGACCCUUCCGCUCCACUCGAAGAACGAACGAACGAACGAACGAACGAACGAUCGACUCUGGAGGAAGUAAAAUAGGGUUUAGGUUUUUCGAGAGAGUUAUGGCGCAGGCUGACGCAGGAGAACAGGAGUACGAGAGUGAUCCCGAAGAGCUUAAGCGCUCAUUGGCGACUAGGAGGAGAGAAGCGAGUGAUGACGAGGACGAGGACGAGGACGAUGAGGAGGUUAAAAACCAGAGGGCUGAGAUUGAAUCCGAUUCCGACCAAUCUGAUGAACGUGUUGAUAAUGACAACGAUAAGAAGGGUGAAGAUGGAGAAGAUAGUUACGAGGAGGAAGAAGGUGAUGAUGAGUAUAGGGAACUCGAAGAAGUCGAUGAUGACAAGAGGAGUAAACCAGCAGAAGAUGAUGCGGCAGGUCGUGUGGAUGGAGAGGAAGAUAAGGAGAAGCAAUCGUCUGCAGUGCCGACAGGUGGAGCUUUUUACAUGCACGAUGACAGGUUUCAGGAGUUGUCUGCUGGUCGAAGCAGGCGAGGGCGGGGUGGAAGGAGAUCGUGGGGGUCUGGAGAUGAAAGAAAAUGGGGACAUGACAAAUAUGAAGAGAUGAAUACUCAGGAGAAACAUCCUGAUCAGAAGACUUCUAGAGGCGGAUUCAGAGGCCGCGGUCGAGGUAGAGGACAAGGGCGUGGGUACAGUAGAGGGAGAAGCUCUAACGCAGCAUCCAGCAAUGGACAUCAAAUUUUUGUUCCUAAAGCUACCACUCGAGGGGAAGAGCCCAGAAAAGAUGAGAUUCCUCUUAGCAAAGGCAGUCAAGCACAUUCCAGCAAACCGCUACGAAAUUCUCGUGGGUCACAACAUUGGCAUGAGAAGAAGUCACACCACGAUUCACGGCGUUCACCAUCUGCCCCAACUCAAACCGGGAAUGAAGACUCCCAUACCAAAAAGAACGUAGUUGUUUCAAGUCUAAGUUCUGCUUCUCCUCCGUUUUAUCCUUCAGUGUCCUCGAGUAACUUGGUACAUGGUAUACAAGUUGGCAUGAAUGAAAGUGCCACUCCUUCUGGCAAGAAGCUUAGGAAUACAAAAUCCGUUUAUUUACCAGUUCAUACUGCGCAGACUUUUAAGCCCCCGAGUCAAGUAAGAGGAGCUGCUGCUGCUGGGAACGUGUUUUACCGUCAGUCUCAUAGUCAGGGUGGCAAAUUUUCAUCCCCAAUGCAACUCAAUGGAGAUUCAAAAGGCACUAGCAAAGGCUACAUUAGACCUUCCGGACAGGAUUUCGAUCAGCACACUGCUGUCAUCAGACCAUUGUCUUCUUCUGCCCAGAGAACUAACUCAUCAGGAAAUCGAUAUCUACCUAGUGAAAUAGAAUCUGCGUCGGAUACAGGUGCAUCGUUUGCUAAGGGUAAAGGGACUCUCCAGGCCAGUGGAAGCGGCUCUUUGAUGUAUAGUGGAUCUCAAGUGAUGGGGAGUGCUGAAAGUCUGGCAUCUGCUGACAAUUCUAAUUUCCCAGCCUUUCUGCCUGUUAUGCAAUUCGGUGGUCAGCAUGGUGGGGUUCCAACUUUUGGAAUGGCUUUUCCCGGAUAUGUCCAGCCUGAAAAUGGGAUCGGAAACCCGGAGAUGACAUGGAUGCCAGUUUUGACUGGUCCUGGAGCUCUAGGGGCUUCAUACAGUCCACCAUAUGCUGCUGUUGAUGGCUCUUUCCAAGCACAUAAGCCAGGAUCCUCCAGCAGAAAGAAUAGUACAAACAACCUUGACGACCUGGAGAAACCCGUGGAGAGCCCUGAGUUUACAGAGAGUGGGGUUUCAAAACGGCAGAACAGCAACUCAAGCAAGCAGCCUCGGAGGUACUCGGAGAUGAGUUUUAGCAAGUGAUAACAGUUACUAGAAACUAAGAAGGGAUUAAAGACUCCUUGGCUCAGGGCCCUGCUGCAUCUCCAAACUUCGUAACAGCACACUUUAGACUGCAAUUAUUCCUGAAUUUCUUAGGGAAGUCGUUGUCUCAAGGAGCCUUGGUCAGCCUGUUUUGUGUGUUCGUCUUCUCAUUUUUCGUAUGUAAUUCAUUUCUGUUUCUUGUAUAAGUUUGAUAACUUACUUCUGGUUUUGGUAAUGUGUUUUAUUCGUUGUAGAACGCAGUUUCUAAACAGGCUUUGAUAUAAUAAGAAAUGGUUAAUGGUUGUGACA